GAUGACGACAAGGAGCUUGCAUUCCGAUGCAUCACCUGCAAGCGCCUCGCGCACUACGCGCACCUCCCCAUCCCGCCGACUGGGACUAUGACCCUGAGGACGUGACGCGAUGAUGCUCGCGAACCAUUACCAGAGCACAACUAACUGGCAGUGCGGCGACUGCUCGUCCUUCGUCUAUGGCGUUGAGCACAUCCUGGCGUGGCGGCCUUACCCCGAGGACGCUGUCGAGCCGUCCCGUCCAGCUGGCGAGCCCGCUAACUACAAGGCGAUGCUGCCGCGUGAGUACCUCGUCAAGUGGGUCGACCGGAGCUACAGGCGGACUUCGUGGGUGCCGCACGGAUGGCUCCUCGCCACGUCGGGAGCCAGGCUCAAGAACUUCCUCCAGGCAGGCUCUAAAGUCCCACUUCUGCUGGAGCCUGUCGAAGCAGAGAAGGCUGAAGAACCUGACGCAAGCCAGGGCCCGACGUUCGAGAUUGGCAGGGAGGACUCUAUGGACGGCCAGGCGAACGAGGAGAAGCAGCAGGUGUCUGUGUUGUCUGCGAACCCCGACGCGCAGCGCAAAGUCCCGCCCGCGUGGAAACGUGUUGAUCGUGUCCUGGACGUGCUCCUCUGGUAUCCGGACGCUCGACUCGAGCAGAGGCAGCAGAAGGGCGGUCGCAAGGGCAAGGGCAAAGGCAAAGGCAAGGGGAAGGGGAAAGCCAAGAAGACUGUAGAAACGGACGAGGAAGAAAUCAGCGACAGCGAUCCUAGGAUGGUGGCAAUUCAUAGGGAACAGGAUGCUGCGUAUGACCUGGGCGAACAGCCGAGCCAGGACCUGACCGAGACGGUCGAGGAGUAUGAAGAGAGGACGGGUCUGGCGCUCGAUGCGAGUGAUAUUGACCGCGUGGUAUGGGGUUUCUUCAAGUGGGAUGACUUGGGUUAUGAAGAUGCAUCUUGGGAUUCUCCACCACGCCCUGAGUUGCCUAGUUACUCCGCGUUUGAGACGGCGUUCGAACGCUAUGCUGCAGCACGCGAAGUCACCGUUCCGGUGAAAUCAAAGAUCGAGACGGAGUUCUUCGACCUGAACCGUCCCAAGAACGCGUGGAGGAAGAAGUUUGCCUUCACCCACGAGAACCAACCCGACAACGGUCAGGACUCCCAGUUCAAACUGAUGCCAUUCCAGGUUGACGGCGUGAACUGGCUGUGCGACAACUGGUGGAACCACCAGAAUUGCAUCCUUGCCGACGAGAUGGGUCUGGGAAAGACAGUGCAGAUCGCGUCGUUCAUCGGGCAUGUGGCCUCGCAACAGAAGGCGUUCCCGGCCCUCGUUGUGGUUCCUAACUCGACGAUCUCGAACUGGGUGCGCGAGUUCGAGCGCUGGGCUCCGAAACUUCGCGUUGUGCCCUUCUACGGAGAGGCGAAGGCUCGAGAGAUCAUCAAGAAGUACGAGCUCUUCCAUCCAAAGGACAAUGUCUUGCCGAAGACCACCGGGGCGAAGUAUCACGUUCUCGUCACCACGUACGAGAUGAUCACUAAUCCGAAAGACUUCACCCCGGUCUUCAAGAACACGCCUCGGUGGGAAGUUCUUGUCGUUGACGAGGGUCAGAGACUCAAAAACGAUACCAGUCUCAUCUUCAAGAAGCUCAAGGAAUUGAACACGAUGCACCGCGUCAUCAUGACCGGGACGCCUUUGAACAACAACAUCAGAGAGCUGUUUAAUCUCAUGAACUUCCUGGAUCCCGGACAAUGGACUGAUCUUGCUGGCCUGGCGAGGCAGUACGAAGAGCUCACUGAAGACAAGGUCAAAGAACUUCAUACGAAACUCAAGCCGUAUUUCCUGCGACGUAUCAAGUCAGAGGUGCUACAGUUGCCGCCCAAGAACGAGGUCAUUGUACCUGUCAGUAUGGCGCCACUCCAGAAGGAAGUCUAUCGAUCCAUCCUGAGUCAGAACCUGGGUGUCUUGCACAAUCUCGUCGCAGGUUCUACUGGUGCUAAGGUGAAUGCUGCAGUCAGCAAGGCAAAUAUGAACAACAUUCUGAUGCAGCUGCGGAAAUGUUUGCAACAUCCUUAUCUCGUCUCAGAGGAGAUUGAACCCAAGGGCCUCACACAAGAGGAGACACAUGCCAAGCUCAUCGACGCCAGCUCGAAGCUGGGGCUUCUCAAGACGUUGUUACCGAAGCUACGGGAGAGGGGGCAUCGUGUGCUCCUAUUCAGUCAGUUCUCCAUCGCGUUGAAUGUGAUUGAAGACUUCCUCAUUGGAGAAGGAACCAAGUAUCUCCGCCUGGACGGCAACACCAAGCAAGCAGACCGACAGAAGGGCAUGGACGAGUUCAACAAGCCGGAUUCAGAUGUUUUCAUAUACCUCCUGACGACACGCGCUGGGGAGUAUAGACCACAGGCUAUCGCGCGAGCUCACAGAUACGGGCAGAAGAAGACAUGUCUUGUCUUCAAGUUGAUGGUCAAAGGCUCGGCUGAGGACAAGAUCGUACAGACCGGCAAGAAGAAGCUUGUACUUGAUCAUCUAAUCGUGCAGAAGAUGGACGACGAAGACGGUUCGAAAGAAGACGUUCAAUCAAUCCUAAUGUUCGGAGCGCAGGCUCUCUUCCAAGAGGAGCAGAACGCCGAGAAUCGUCAGAUACAUUAUUCUGAACAUGACAUCGACAAGCUCAUUGAGCGGACCGAGCAGGAAGGCGACGAGUUGGAAUCGGAAGCGAGUGCCAAUGCGGCCUUCACCUUUGCCAAGAUAUGGUCUGCGGACAAGGACGAGCUCGAAGAGGUUCAAGAAGACAUCAACGGAGAUCAAAUGGACUCCUGGGCACAAACGUUGGAGCGCAUAGCUGCGGAGCGGGCCAAAGUCCAGGCUGCUGAGAUGACUGGGCGCGGUGUUCGUCGUAAGGCUGCGGCAGUGUUCCCUCAGCAAGACCUCGGCCCAGAUGAUACGGACUCGCCGCUCAAGAAUAGCAAGAAGAUUGGCAAACACCGAGGGAAAGGCAAGAAGACAAAGUCUCAUGUCUCUGAGGAAUCCGAGGCGUACGCCGCACCUCCUAGCGCAUCUGAGAGCGAUAGCACUUCCAGCCAUCCGUUGUCGCGGGACGAUGAUGUACUCGCAGAGUUCACUCAAAACACUCUACCUCCCAUCCCCCCUACCGCACAGGCUUCCACCUCGAAGACAUCGCCCCAGCCUGUUCAGUUGAACGCAAUCCGCGAUCGGAAAAAGGUCGCUUCUAGUGCGAUCGAGCGGACGGAAAGUCCUCAGCCGCUCUCGCCCAUCCAGAACACGAAUGACCCUCGUUGUGGUCUCUGCGAAGGUUAUCAUGGAGAUCAGCCGUGUAAUAUGACGGAAGACCCUGAGAAUUUGGUCGAAUACAGGCUUAUGCUGCUUACACAUGCUGGUGAGGAACCGCUUGAGGAUCGUCGCGCCGCAAUCAAGGCCAUUGACGAGACACUGUAUAAGCGUGGAAUGAUCCACCUGAUUUACGGUCAGCCUCUGCACCUGCUAGAGCGACCGGCCAAGGAGGGCAAGCCUUUGCACAAGAAGCCCAAGCUGGAGGCAUCAUUACCCAAACGCAAGUCAAUGCCCGUCUCAAGUCAGAUGGGCCGCGAGUCUGGCAGCUCAAAGCCUUCCACGACUGCCAACAAGUCCCUUUCGUCGUCCGCAAAGGCCGAAGCAGGUACGGAUCCUCUCGGACACGCUGAAGGAGAGAAGCGUAUGGUAUCUUUGCCUCGGACGCGGCCGUCUGGGAAUGCCCAUGCUGUCGCAGGACCUUCCAAGCGCCCUUCGUCGCCUCUACUAUCCACAGAACCACCCAAGGCAAAGAAAUUUAAGAGUACCGAUGCCUUGGGUUGUCCAGUGUGUGGUGGGAUGGUUCAUCAUCUAGUUAAAGACUGCCCAGAAGUCAAGGCGGGUCCGAAAAGGGUCAAGAAAGCCAUCAGGAGACUGGAAGAUGAUCCCGUCCAUGCGGCUACGGUCAAUGCGCUCAGUAACAUACUCGUCAAGCAGCAGAGGAAAGCCCUGGCGAACGUGGCUCCCGCAGCGCCUUCUGCGAUUGAACUCAGCGACUAGUAAUAGUAUUCACGCUAAUAUCGCUUUAUCUUACGACCGCAUGUAGUUAGCAUAACAUUCAUCUUGUGCACUCAUACAUCUUGCUAGUAUUGCUACGAUAUAGUAUUCUGGUUUGGACGCAGUCGUCCGGAGUGGCGGGUGCCGCGAGUCGCGUGGGAGCUCGGCCACGCAGGGCCACGCAUGAAG